AUGGCAUCGUCUGUGGUAUUUGGGCACUCAAAUUCGGGCUUUCAGAUAGGUGAAAACACAGGGCCUAUCACUGCAAACUUUCAUACGAUCAUAGAACCACAAGAGCAACAACCAGAGCCGCUAUCCACCGUCCCAUUCCCGCGUGAUCCUGACUUCAUUCACCGAGGUUCGCUCGUCGAUCACAUCCAUGAGAAAUGCUCCGGUCCAGAAUCAGUCGUAGUUUUGAUGGGGCUAGGUGGGGUCGGGAAAUCCCAAAUCGCUAUCGAAUACUCUUUCAGGGUUCGAGAAGAGUCCCCUACGACGUGGGUUUUCUGGGUUCAUGCCAGUAAUGCCGCCCGGUUCGAGCAAAGUUUUUGGCGAAUUGCCAAUCGCACAAAAAUUCCAGGGCGCCAAGACCCUGCAUCGAAUAUCUUUGAGAUUGUCUGUGGUUGGCUUCAGGAUUUGAAGGAGAGAUGGGUCAUGAUUAUAGAUAAUGCGGAUGAUGAUGAAUUCUUGCGAGAGUGGAUGUCAAAACCAUCGACCGAAGAGGAUGGUAUUAUACCGAGACCACCACUUCUGACGUUCAUCCCUCGUUGCGCCAAUGGUUCGAUCAUUUGGACUACCCGAAGCAAACGGGUUGCAACAAAUAUAGCGAAUGCUCGAGAUAUCAUUCCAAUCGAGCCAAUGGACACGACACAGGUUGUCGCUCUUGUGGAAAAAAAGUUGACUACGAAGCAAGAUCAUGAUGACAUGAUCAAGCUCGCGGAGGCAUUGGAAGGUAUGCCACUUGCUAUUGUACAGGCAACGGCAUACAUUGAGCGACGGGCGCCCCGCUGCUCAGUGAAACAAUACCUUGAAGAGCUCCAGAAGAGUGACGAUCAAAAGCAGAAGCUUUUAAAUCUUGAAGCUGGCCAUAGGCAGCGAGACUGGGAGGCAAGAAACUCCAUCCUAGCCACCUGGCAGAUAUCCUUCGAUCAUAUUCAGAAGAUCCGACCAUCUGCUGCAGAUCUGCUAUCUCUUAUGAGCUUCUUUGAUCGACAGGGAAUUCCCGAGGUGGCGCUUCAAAACCCGCCUGGUGAUCUUGUAUGUCUGAGAAACUUUCUCGCAAAACAGGGGAUUGUCAAUCAUAUGGCGUCAGUCCCUCAAGAUACAUAUAACACUAGCCUUGAUGAUGCAAGCAAAACACAGAAUCUUUGUUGUAACGACAGCUUUGAAGAUGAUAUCACGGUAUUGAGAGAAUACUCAUUUAUAUCACUGACUCAAGACUUGAAGAUAUUCCAGAUGCACCGGCUGGUGCAGCUAGCUACAAGGAGUUGGCUAGCAGCGUACGGCGAAGCGGAUAUCUGGCAAGCUCACUUCUUAUGGAAUAUUCAACGCGAAUUUCGAACUGGCGAUAACUCUCGCUGGGUGAAGUGCCAGUCACUCUUUCCACAUGUCAAAGCCGCGAUGUCUCAACGACCAAGACUCAAAGUAGCUGUGAAGAAAUGGGCCUGCUUGCUCAUCAGUGGCGCCCAGUACGCUUCUUGGAGUGGAAAUACAUCGGAGAUGAUGCGAAUGGCUCUGAAGGCAAAUGAAGAAACGGAAAGACUACUGGGCAGCGAACAUGAGUACAGUAUGGCUGCUCGUGAAAUGUUAGCAUUGGCAUACGCAGAUGCGGGUAAGCUGCGUGAAGCCGAGUCCUUACAACUGGGAAUUUUGGAAAUUUAUAAAAGAACUCUCGGAGAGAAACAUCAAAAUUAUGUUUCACAUAUGCACUCUCUUGCCAACACGUACCAACGGCAGGGUAGGCUUCAGGACGCUACAUCACUGAAGAUACGGGCCCUGGAGAUAAGAAAGAAUACAUUAGGAGAUGAUGAUCCGUUAACGCUCAAGCUAUUGGGAAGCCUAGCUAGUACUUAUUUAGACCACGACCUUUUAGAGAACGCGGGGAGCCUGAAUGUGCAGUAUUUAGAGAAAGCAAAGAAGAUGCUUGGCGAGGAGCAUCCUGAUGUCAUCGCAAUCAUGGAAAACCUUGCAAUCACAUACUUCAGGCAAGGUAGGCUACAUGACGCAGAAAUACUAGAGUUGCAGACUGUUGAGGCUUGCAAAAAAGUACUAGGAGAAAGCCACUCCCACACAAUUCGCUGCAUGUCAAAUCUAGCAGGACACCGUCGUGAUAGAGGAUGGCUGUUGAAAGCUCCAGACCGCCCAUUGUGA